UUUUCCAAUCCCUCAUUCCCUUCAAAUGGAAAGGUCCGAUCCACAUGGAGGAUGAAGAGAAAUUUCGCGCGUAUGACCGUUAAUUUACAUCCUCGAACAUUUUGCAUACGCAUGUCCAAAAUUAGGGGAUGGCCGGGGCGGGGACCCAAAUUCAGUUCAUCAGAUCUUCCAAUCACAAGGUCCACAAGAGCGAUCUCCACGUUUCAGGUGAACUUUCGUUUUUAGCCUCAGCUUAUUCACCACGUCGGUUGCGCUCGCAAACCAAUUUGGAUUAUUGAUCGUCCAUUUGGCUGAAUUAGGGUUAGGGUUUUCCGCCUCUGCGUCACCUGGAUUUGUCGAUUGUUGAUAGUAAUGUUGGUAUCUUCUGGGGAAUAUUGACAACUGAUGGGUGCACCCAAACAAAAAUGGACUCCGGCGGAAGAGGCAGCUCUUAAAGCUGGAGUCCUUAAGCACGGGCCUGGGAAAUGGCGUACGAUUCUUAAAGACCCGCAAUUUAGCGAAGUUUUGUAUCUGCGAUCCAAUGUAGAUCUGAAGGAUAAGUGGAGGAACAUGAGUCUUGUGGCCAAUGGAUGGGGUUCAAGGGAAAGGACCAAGAUUGCACUAAAAAGGAUGCAUCCUAGCCCUAAGCUUGGUGGGAGUUCUAUGGCAUUGCCUUCCUUGAGUCAAAGCGAUGAUGAUCUGCUCGAUGCUAGGGCUCUGGCUCUUUCAGGUUGCUCUUCACCUAACGAUGGCCCAAAGAGAUCUAUCAUGAGAUUGGACAAUCUCAUAAUGGAGGCUAUAAAUCACUUGAGGGAGCCUGGUGGUUCUAACAAGGCAUCAAUAGCGUCAUAUAUUGAGGAUCAUUACUGGGCUCCUUCAAAAUUUAAGAGGAUAUUGUCGACAAAGUUGAAACAAUUGGUUUUGACUGGGAAACUCAUUAAGAUGAAACUCAAGUAUAAAAUUUCUGGAUCUUCACUGGUAUCUGAAAGGUGUCCUUUGCUUCAUCCAGGAAGAAGGCAGUGGAUAUCUCCAAGAAUCGACUGUGAUGAUCCUAAUCCUGUGGUAAAGUCUCGGUUUGAUCUAGAGUUAGCUAGGAUGAGGAGUAUGACUACACAAGAAGCUGCUGUUGCUGCAGCUCAUGCUGUCGCAGAAGCAGAAGCCGCAAUGGCUGAAGCUGAAGAAGCCGCUCGGGAGGCUGAGGCAGCAGAAGCUGAUGCCGAAGCAGCACAGGCUUUUGCUGAGGCAGCAGUUAAGACCUUAAAAGGAAGAAACUCUCUAAGGAUGAAUGUACAGAUGAUCCAAGCUUGAUGGAGGCUAUAUAUAUAUAUAUAUAUAUAUAUAUAUAGUAAGGAUGAAUUAGCAUUAGCUUAUAAUAUCUCUCCAAAUGGCCUGAGUAGUUCUUGAUGUUUUGCAUUCUUUCACUAGAUGCAUGUCACUCAUAGGAGUUUUGCUAAUUGGUAAAUGGUCUCGAGGAAUUAGUUAGUUCCCGGCGUGGAGUUAUUUUUUUAUUUUUUAUUUUUCACGAGGAAUUGUGAUGUCUUUUUAUGGGGUGUGUAAACCAAUCCAUAGAAUUUCGAUAUGAUAUUGUACUUGUCCAUGGAAUUGAAAGUUUGAAAUGGAAAAGCUAUACAACAUUUAA